UCCUUUUUUUAAUUGUUUUUUCUUUCAACUCUCUCUCUCUUACCCUGUCUGCGAGCUUUCCAUUUUGUUCUUUUAAGAUUUGUUUUGUUUCUUAUUUGGUGUAGAUCAAGAUUCAAAGAAGAUCAUCUUCAUCCUCCAGGCAAGGCUCUGAUCUAUGGAGCCUCGACGCCGUCCCUCCCUUUCGUCUCUUCUUCUCCUCCUCCUCUUCUUCACAGCAACUACUCUAACCUCAGCUGCUGAUUACUCUCCCACCGACAACAUCCUCUUGAACUGUGGUGGUUCUUCUGAUCUAACCGACACAGACAACCGGACAUGGAUCCCCGAUGUCAAAUCCAAGUUCCUGUCUUCCUCCGGCGACUCCUCCAAAACCUCUCCCGCCGCAACACAAGACCCUUCCGUCCCCUCAGUCCCUUACAUGACAGCUAGGAUCUUCCGGUCUCCCUUCACCUACUCCUUCCCCGUAUCAUCAGGUCGCAAGUUCCUGCGUCUCCACUUCUAUCCAAACUCAUACGACGGCCUCAACGCCACGAACUCCCUCUUCUCCGUCUCCUCCGGGUCCUACACUCUCCUCAAAAACUUCAGCGCUGCUCAGACGGCUCAGGCGUUGACUUUCUCGUUCCUCGUUAAGGAGUUCAUAGUGAACGUCGAAGGCGGGACGUUAAACGUGACCUUCACGCCAGAGUCGUCAACGCCUUCUAACGCCUACGCGUUUGUGAACGGGAUCGAGGUGACUUCGAUGCCUGAUCUUUACAGCAGCACGGACGGGUCUCUGACUGUGGUGGGGUCCUCUAGUGGAGUCACCAUCGAUAACACCACCGCUCUCGAGAAUGUUUAUAGACUCAACGUCGGAGGGAACGAUAUCUCGCCUUCCGAUGACACAGGUCUGUACAGGUCUUGGUACGAUGAUCAGCCUUAUAUCUUCGGUGCUGGUCUUGGGAUCACCGAGGCGGCUGAUCCCAACAUGACCAUUCAGUAUCCUACCGGGACGCCUACGUACGUUGCUCCUGUGGAUGUUUACUCCACGGCUAGGUCGAUGGGUCCAACACCUCAGAUCAAUCUCAACUACAAUCUGACUUGGAUCUUCAGUAUCGACUCCGGGUUUAGUUACCUCGUCAGGCUUCAUUUCUGCGAGGUUGCUCCUAAUAUUACAAAGAUCAACCAGCGAGUGUUUACUGUUUACCUCAACAACCAAACGGCUGAGCCUGAAGCUGAUGUUGCUGGCUGGACGGAAGGACAUGGGAUUCCGUUACACAAAGAUUACGUGGUGAUUCCUCCGGAUGGCGAGGGACAGCAAGAUCUGUGGCUUGCUCUUCAUCCAAACACGAGGAACAAGCCUCAGUACUACGAUGCUCUUCUCAAUGGUGUUGAGAUAUUCAAGAUGAAUAACUCCGAUGGUAAUCUCGCCGGUCCUAAUCCUAUACCCGGUCCGCAAGUGACUGCUGAUCCGUCUAAAGUCUUGCGCCCGGGUACUAGUCAAUCCAAGAACCGCACCGCUGCUGUUGCGGGUGCAGCAGCCAGUGGUGCGGUUGUUCUUGGACUUAUUGUUGGUUUGUUUGCAUUGGCUGCUUACCGGAGGAGGCGUAACCGCAGCGAAAACCGGCCUGGAAGUGAUGCAACAACAUCAGGGUGGCUUCCACUGUCUCUUUACGGCAACUCGCAUUCUGGUGGCUCCGGAAAGACGAACACAACGGGAAGCAUCGCCUCGUCCCUUCCUUCGAAUCUCUGCCGUCACUUCUCCUUUGCUGAGAUCAAAGCCGCUACCAAGAACUUCGAUGAGUCCCGGGUGCUUGGUGUUGGAGGUUUUGGUAAAGUCUACAGAGGAGAGAUCGAUGGUGGAACUACAAAGGUGGCCAUCAAGAGAGGAAACCCUAUGUCCGAGCAAGGAGUGCACGAGUUCCAAACCGAGAUCGAAAUGCUUUCGAAGCUUAGACACCGUCACCUUGUGUCGUUGAUCGGAUACUGCGAAGAGAACUGUGAGAUGAUCCUGGUGUAUGAUUACAUGGCUCAUGGGACGAUGAGAGAGCAUCUCUACAAAACACAGAACUCUCCUCUUACUUGGAAGCAACGUCUUGAGAUAUGCAUCGGUGCAGCGAGAGGGCUACACUAUCUCCACACCGGUGCGAAACACACCAUCAUCCACAGAGAUGUGAAGACGACGAACAUUCUGCUCGAUGAGAAAUGGGUGGCCAAGGUCUCUGACUUCGGUCUGUCGAAGACGGGUCCUGCGCUCGACCACACGCACGUGAGCACGGUGGUGAAAGGAAGUUUCGGUUAUCUUGAUCCAGAGUACUUCAGACGGCAGCAGCUGACUGAUAAGUCCGAUGUCUACUCCUUCGGUGUCGUUCUCUUCGAGGCCUUAUGCGCACGGCCUGCGUUGAACCCGACGCUGGCGAAAGAACAAGUGAGUUUAGCUGAGUGGGCGCCGUACUGCUACAAGAAAGGCAUGCUUGAUCAGAUCGUUGAUCCGUAUCUCAAGGGCAAGAUCACACCUGAAUGCUUCAAGAAGUUUGCUGAGACCGCGAUGAAGUGUGUGCUAGACCAGGGGAUUGAGAGACCGUCUAUGGGAGAUGUACUGUGGAACCUAGAGUUCGCGUUGCAGCUUCAGGAGAGCGCAGAGGAGAGCGGGAAAGGAGUAUGCGGUGAGAUGGACAUGGAUGAGAUCAAGUACGAUGAUGGUGACAACUGUAAAGGGAAGAACAAAGGUUGUGAUGUGUAUGAAGGGAACAUGACUGACUCGAGGAGCAGUGGGAUAGACAUGAGCAUUGGUGGUCGGAGUUUGGCAAGUGAAGAUUCAGAUGGACUCACUCCAAGUGCUGUGUUUUCUCAGAUCAUGAAUCCUAAGGGACGUUAAGAGAAGUCUUAACUGGUUCGUCUCUCUUUCUAUUUUUUUUUAAUUGUUGACUAUUUAUUUAUUGUUUUAUUUGCUGUUAUUUGUUUAGAGUUUUGGAUUUGUGUAUUUGAUACUACUGCUGCCACGAUAAAAGUGUAAAAGAUAAAUGUAUUCUUUUGUUUUUUAUACAAAACAUUAAACAUGA